AUGGCUCAACUACUUGGCGGACAACUCGUACAUGGUCAAGAACAGAAGCAUUGGCUAGCGGAUAAUGCUACACCAUUUAUAACGGACGGAGAAACAAAAUUAUGUGUAAAAAUAGGAAACAUGGAAACAACAGUAUUAGCAUCAGUCGCACGAACAUUAUCAUGCGGAUGCAUUUUGGGUGUCGACUGGAUUUGGGCAAAUAACGUCUCAAUUCUGACACAUGAAAAUCGAAUUGUGCUGUUCAAUCAGCAUGGAGUCGCGAUGGAUGCAGUGGGAAUUGACUCGGAGGAACAUAGAGUAUGGGAAAAUUCGGUUGCUGGUACCUCCUCAAUUCAACUAAAACCAAAUAUUGGUCAAAUUAUCGAGGGCUUGGUACCCAAUCUGGAAGACAUGGAACAACGUGCACAGUUGCGGAAACUGCUCAACAGUUUCGGAACCAUCUUCGACUUGUCCAUCCCAACCACAGCCACACCAGCAAUGUUCCACACAAUUAACACAGGUUCCGCCCAACCAAUCGCACAACGACCUCGUAUCCAAUCGACGUACCAGAGGGCGGAAACGGAAAAGCAUGUGGAAGCUAUGUUAGCAGCCGGGCAGAUCGUUCCAUCAAAUUCACCGUGGGCAGCACCGGUACACAUUGUCAAAAAGCCGGAUGGAUCAUCAAGGUUUACAGUAGACUAUCGUAAACUAAACAGCGUAACAGUCAAAGACAAUUAUCCUCUACCAUCAAUUGCGGAGACCAUCAACCAACUACAAGGUUACUCAUACUAUACGAAGAUGGAUCUCAAGAGUGGCUAUCUACAAAUCCCGAUCUCGGAGGAAGAUCAACCCAAGUCAGCGUUCAUCACAAAGGAAGGUCUAUACCAUUUCAAAGUGCUUCCGGCAGGACUGAAAAAUGCACCACCUACAUUCCAGCGGAUUAUGAACACGAUUAUUGCUCGUGGACGGGAACAAUUCUGUCUGAUUUAUCUCGACGACAUCAUCGUAUUUUCAAAAUCAUUCAGCGAGCAUCUAGAGCAUGUUGGAACUGUGUUGAGAGUGCUUUAUGAGCACCACUUCCAGCUGAACCCACCAAAAUGCGAUUUUUUCAAGUCGACGAUGAAUUAUUUGGGACACACAAUUAGCACGGAUGGAAUGAAACCAUUGGAUGAGAGGAUCGAAACAAUCAAACAACUACCAAUGCCUACGACGUUGCGCGCAGCAAAUUAUUUUAUUGGAAAGUUGGGUUUCUAUCGAAAAUUCAUCAGGAACUUUGCGCAAAUGGCUGCACCGAUUCACCGUAUCACCAAUUUACACAAGGGAAGACAUAGGGAGUUCACGUGGGGAGACGAGCAAGUGAAUGCAUUUAAUCAACUAAAACAAGCAAUCUCUACAGAACCAUUGGUACUGAAAUUUCCGGAUAGCAACUCACCGCUGGUACUAUCGACAGAUGCUUCAGAUAUUGGAAUUGGUGGAGUAUUGAAACAAAUAACACCAGAGGGAACGCGAAUCAUUUAUUAUCAUUCUCAGUUGCUCAAUUCGGCGCAAAAACGAUAUGCAACUAUCGAGAAGGAGGCCCUGGCGGUGUUCAAAAGCGUGGAGAAACUUCGACCAUAUCUCCUUGGACGAGAUUUUGUCAUAGAAACAGAUCACUGUCCUUUAUGUAAUUUCCAUCAACGGGGUUCAAGGAACCGACGGGUGGAUACCUGGGCAAUACUCCUGUCCGAAUACAAUAUUCAAGAAGUACGAUACAAGAAAGGAAAGUGUAACUGUGAUGCAGAUCUACUCUCCAGAUAUCCAGUGGGCAUAGCCGACGAUGAGGAAGUCGAAGACCAGGCGGUACUACCAAAUCGUAAGCAAAUCAAUGUAUUAACGCGAGCUGCGGCAAACCGCAUUAAAAGAACGAAAUCUGUCUCCUCAACAACAGUUGAUCAUGACAUGGAACAUAAUGACGAGCUACUUCAGCAAGCCGAACAGAAUUGUGAGCAGACAGAAGCAAGACCACUUGCGAUCGCUCAACUAUCACCGUUGGAUCUGGUGCGAAUUGGAAAAGAACAACAAAACGACGAACGUAUUCAACAACACUUGCAGAACCCGCUGGAGGGCAUGGUCAUUCAGGACGGAAUUCUGUAUCAUCGGCGUAAAGACAAAAAUGGACAGAAAAUGGUCCCAUAUAUUCCGAAAUCGCUAGUGAAUGACGUUUUGGCGGCCGCACACGACCACCAGUUUUCAGCACACUUUGGCAGAGAUAAAACUUUCGAAAAACUGAAAACCCGAUGUUUCUGGCCCAACAUGUACCUAACAAUCCAAAAUUAUGUUAAGAGAUGCCAGGACUGUAUACGAUUCAACACGCAACGAUGCAAGCCUUCGGGACAUCUACAAUCCAUUGAGCCACCGGCGGAAAUCUUCCAAAUGGUGGGCCUGGACUUCUGGGGACCCGUGCGAGAGUCUUCGAAUGGAAACAAAUACGUAUUGGUCUUGACUGACUACCUCUCUAAGUUUGUGGUGGCAAAGGCACUUCCAGCUUGUACGGCACAGCUGGCCGCGGAAUUUGUGGUGGAAACGGCUCUGACGUUUGGUGUGCCAAGCCAACUACUUACGGAUAACGGAACGCACUUCAAGAACGAUUUAUUUCAAUGUUUGAGUAAAAUCAUUGGUUUUAAUCAUAUUUUGUCAACACCCUAUCACCCACAAACAAAUGGGCAGACGGAAAGAUGGAAUGCGACUAUGCGGCCUAAAUUAGCUAUGUUGUGUCAAAGUAACCAAGACAAUUGGGAUGGGUUUUUAGGCGGUGUGGUACAUGCAUACAACACCAGUGUUCAUGCAACAACUGGCUAUUCACCAUCGUUCCUUAUGUUUGGUCGGGAGAUUCCAUUGGCAUUCGAUGCAGCAAAACCAAUUCUGCAACUAUCUACUAUAUCAAAUUAUGUGGAGCACCUGUCAAGAUACCGGAAGCUUGUAUUGGCGAUGGCAAAUAGCAAUGCGCGUCAGCACCAGCAAAUGGCAAAGCAGAAAUAUGAUCAGCAUCGGCAAGCGCCAGUCUACGAAAUUGGUCAACUGGUUUUCAUGAAAAGGCGUGGAUAUCGUGACAAAUUUGGGGAAAGAUAUUCGGGGCCAUUUCGGAUUAUCGAUAAACUGGACGAAAACCAUCUAACAUAUUUAGUCCAAAAUGACCACCAACCAACGCAAUACCAAGUUCAUAUCAACGAUCUGAUCACAUGUUAA